CUCUCUUCUACUCCAUUUUAUCUACCUUAUUCAUCCUUUUCUUAAGUUUCUGAAGAGAAAUGUCAAUCCCUCCACCAAACGAUCCAUCCAGAGGAUGUUCCUCGGGAUUCUCACAGCCUCUAGGGCAACAAGAUAUUGCUCGAGCUCGAAAUUUCUUGAAUAAUGUGACCCAAGUCAACAGUGUUCAAGGAAACUUGAGAGUUGUAUACAGGACAGGUGACCGAGAUCUUGAUAUCCGUCGGCCUGUGCAUCGUUGGGACAAUAGGCCCUAUCAAGAGAUCUUUGCAAAUGGGUUCCAAGCAUGGCCACAGGGACCAACUCGCAACGACACUUACUAUAAUUUGCUUCACUUCAUUGAACAUGCAGGUGCCCCUCUUGAUACAAGAAGGCCUCCAAAUGAAACACAUGUCUUUGUCAGCACCACUCUCAACAAUGAAUGGCAACCAAACCCUUCGAUCCGACCAGGCUCUCAGAUUCAAUAUUAUCGCUAUGAAAUAUAUGCUCCCGGUGGCAUUUGGGUUGCUGUCACCCUUGGGGAUAGAUACUCAAGAUACGUUUCUCAAGCUGAAAUUUGCUUUGUUAGACGCAUUGCUCCUCAGUACAUUCGAUCUUGUCUCAUAUACACAGCAACACGUGAAGCCGGAUCAAGGUUUACGACAUUUCGGAGAGAAACAAGAUUGGUCAUAAACAGGAAUUUCAAUCCAGUGUCCGCUCCUUACAAUCAAGUAGUAAUUCUUAACCCUGUUUACUACUACAGGGAUGAGGACGGAGAUAGAUUCCUGCCGGAAGAAACUUAUCCGCCUCUGAGAAAGAAAAGACAGGCCUUGGAAGCUGAUAACGAUGCUGUUCUUGAGUGGUAUACUACUAAAGUUGUAGAGGUACCAAGUUACAUAGAUUCUGCAUUUCGUUCAUCAAGACCAAAUGAAGUUUAUUUCUUCUUAAAAAAUAUGUAUGUGCGGGUGUAUUACACUCCUGGAGUCACAGACGAUAAGAUUCUCACUGCUCCGCGUUUGAUUUGUGAUGGCUAUCCAUCCCUUUCUGAUACGCCGUUUGGAGAAUAUGGAAUAGACUGUGCCUUCGAUACUGAAGCUAGCAAUGCAUAUAUCUUCUCCACCAAUCUUUGUGCCUACAUUGACUAUGCUCCAGGAACUAUGAAUGACAAGAUACUCUCGGGUCCUAUGACAAUUGCAGCCAUGUUUCCUGUCUUGAAAAAUACUGUGUUUGAGAAUGGUAUAGACUCUGCAUUUAGGUCAACUAAAGGCAAAGAAGUUUACUUAUUCAAGAACAAUAAGUAUGGUCGCAUAGCUUAUGAUUCAAAGCAGCUCAUUGGAACCAUACGUAACAUCAGUGAUGGAUUUCCUGUUCUUAAAGGUACCAUCUUUGAAAGUGGAAUUGAUGCAUGUUUUCCUACUCAUAAGGAAGGUGAAGCUUAUCUUUUCAAAGGAGAGAUGUAUGUAAGGAUCCAUUUCACCCCAGAUGAUACUCGUGACACUCUUCUGACUGCUGUGCAGCGUAUCGUUGAUUUUUGGCCAUCUCUUAAGGGUAUUCUGCCUCGCGACAAUAAAGGACUUGAUGCUCAUUAUCAUCAACAAUCUUAUCCACAUCAGCAUGAAGACUUGUGAUUCUUCCUUAGCCAAUGUUUGCUUCCAUUUCUUUCAUGGUGUAAAAUUAGGAUUUGAUGAUGCUUGCUUUCUUUUCUAAUGUAACAAGUCUCGAUGUUUGUUUUCC